UAGCACCUUUCAAAUGAAUCAAUAAAAAGCUUAUCGGCGGUUGUCAGGGUGUUUGAAGCGGCGGAGCAGAGCAGCACAUCACUCGUGUGGUCGUGAACGCAGCCGGACUGACUUGAGUGCAGCUCCGCCGGCCUCUCCUCCAUGACCCGCCCAUUCGCCGCCGCUCCCGGAGCCAGGUCAGGUGCUCGUCGUGCGGCUCCGCAAAAGCGUUUGCAUUUGGAAAAACUGACUGGAUUUUGUGACGGCACGAACACAGUCGAGGCCAUGCUCAGACGGAUACUGCAGAUGACUCCUGGGAAGGGAGGCUCCCAGAAUGCAGAGUCGGAGCAGCCCAGCACAGACCUUAACCAUGAUCAGACAUCUGAGGGCUUCAUCUGCCCUCAGUGCAUGAAGUCUCACAACUCUGCAGAGGAGCUGUUCAAGCACUAUGAGCUGUUCCAUGACACCGGAGACCUCCCCGCUCAUGUGGCCCCCACUCGGGAAGACCUUACAAUGCUGCGGCAAGAAGUUCAGGACCUGCAUGUUUCUCUCAAGGAGGAAAGAUGGUUCUCUGGAGAGCUCAAGAAGGAGUUAGACAAAGUCCAAGGACAACUGAAGCAAAACGAUGGACCGAUCAGCGCAGGGGAUUCUGGUCUUGAAAAGAAGUUGAAUGAGUCAGAGACAGAAAAGUUCAACAUCAAGCAGAUGAAAGACCUGUAUGAGCAGAAGGCUGCCCAGUUGGCCACAGAGAUAGUAGAUUUAAAGUCUCGCUACGAUGAGGAGAAGAGCGUCAGGGAGGCUUCUGACCAGAGGCUGGCCAAGUUGACCGAACAACUGCAGAAAGACAAGCAGGAGAACGAGAGACUCCAAACAGAACUGCUGCAGCGACCAGGAGUGGAGGACGUUGAGGUCCUGCAGAAGGAGCUGGUGCAGGUGCAGACGUUGAUGGACCAAAUGACGCGCGAGAGGGAGGAGGAGUCUGAACGCAUCAAAGGCCACUACGAGCAACUGCAGGCUAACUACACUACCUCAGAGAUUCGUAAACUUGAGAUGACCAUAUCCCAACUAAAGGCUGAACUGGAGAAGGGUCCGCAAGAGGCAGCCGUCUACACUCAAGAGAUCCACCAGCUGCAGAGCAAUCUGAAUAAUAUGCAGCAGCAAAGCCAGAGCCUGUCUGAAAAGUUGGCACGUAAGGAGAAGGAGUAUCAGGAACUGGAGAAGGGUCUGGGUGCUGAGAAAGCCGCCAAGAAGAGAGUCCAGGACAACCUGAGGGAGAGAGAGCUGGAGGUCCAAGAGCUCCAGGUUCGAGCUACAGGGGCUGAGGCCUCCCAGCAAAAGACUCAGACGGAGCUUAGAGAGAGGACUGAGGAGGUGGCAAAGCUGAAGAGUGAGAUUGGUGAGCUUGAGGUGAAGCAUGCGGAGGUGAAGGUUGAGAGGAAACAGCUUGAACAGCAAAGGGAAGAAAAAGAGAGCCAAGGUGCACAGCAGCAGACUGAGAUCAGUCAGCUUCACGCCAAACUGCUGGAGGCCGAGAGGCAGCUAGGCGAGGUGCAAGGUCGUCUGAAAGAACAGAGGCAGCUCUCCGGGGAGAAGCUAAAAGACCGCGAGCAGCAGGCAGCCGACCUACAGCUCAAACUCUCCCGUGCAGAAGAACAGUUGAAGGAGGGCGUCAGUAAGAGCACAGACCUGCAGCACCAGCUGGAGAAAGCCAAGCAGCAGCACCAGGAGCUCCAGGCGCUGCAGCAAAACACCAACGGCAAACUCCGCGAGGCACAGAAUGACCUGGAACAAGUGUUGCGUCAGAUUGGGGAUAAGGAUCAGAAGAUCCAGAACCUGGAGGCUCUGCUGCAAAAGAGUAAAGACAUCGUGAGCCAACUGGAAACUGAGAGAGAAGACCUAUGUGCCAAGAUCCAGGCCGGCGAGGGAGAGACGGCUGUUCUUAACCAGCUAAAAGAGAAAAACCACGCACUGCAAGAACAGGUGACACAGUUGACAGACAAACUGAAGAACCAGUCAGAGAGCAACAAGCAAGCCCAGGAUAACCUGCACAAGCAGGUGCAGGAGCAGAAGACUCUGCUGCGUUCGGCCCAGGACCGAGCCCACACCCUGGAGACCUCCGUCGCUGAGCUCACCACCCAGCUCACGGACAGCAAGGAGAAAGCGUCCCAGCUGGAUUCUCAGCUGAAGGCAAAGACGGAGAUGUUGCUGUCUGCAGAGGCAGCCAAGGCUGCACAGAAGGCCAACCUGGAGAACAACCUGGAGACUGCUCAGCACGCACUGCAGGACAAGCAGCAGGAGCUGAACAAAGUUCAGAAGAAGGUGGAGGAGCAGGCCCAAAGGCUCAAGGAGAGACAGGAGCAGUGCACACAGCUGGAAACCAGUCUGAAGGAAUGCAAAGACAAACUGCUGGCUUCAGAGCAGAGUGUAGUGCAGCUGGAGGGGCUUAGUAAGAAAUUGGAGUCACAGGUCGGGGAGCUGCAGGUCACACGCGAUCAGGCGCAGCAAGAAGUACAGAAGUUGCAGAAGGAAGGGUCAGAGGUUAAGCGGAAAGCUAAGGACCUGCAGCGCUCGCUGGAAGCAGAGAAAACAGGGACCAUAACGCUACAAGAGGAGGUUAAGAAAAAGACAGCUAGUUUGAGUGAUGUCCAGCAGCAGCUGGAGCGCUGUGAGCAGGAUAAAGCUGCUCUGAAGGUGAACCUAGACAAGGUGACACAGGAGGGAAAGACUCAGCAUGCAGAGCUGGACAGGAGAGCUCAGAGUCUGGCAGCAGACCUACAAAAGGCCCAGCAGGAGAAAGAGGCUCAAAAGAAGGAGCUUGUCUCUACUCAGGAGAGCCUAGGAAAGGCUAAAAAGGCACUGAAAGAGAUUCAGAGUCAACUGGACACAGAGAGGAAGAGCCACAAGUCAACCAUGGAGGAAAAGGAAAAGUCCGGUGAGAAGGCUCGACAGGAGCUUCUUAAGAAUAAUGAGACCACUACCAAAGCAAUGAAAGAAUCUAAAGAGCAGCUGGAGCAGAUGAGAGAGGCGGAGACAAAACUGAAGGGGCAGCUGAGCUCAGUAGAGAAGCAGCACUCAAAGACUCAGGAUGCACUGAAGGAAAAGGAGAAUCAAUUGGAGAAGCUCCGGGCACAGCUGAAGACGACACAGGGGUCCUUUGACGAGGAGAUGAAGAAACUGAAGGGCCAAAUGACAGAGUUACAGGACGCCAAUGUCAAGAAAGCAGAGAAUGAGAGUGAGCUGAGGGCCCAGGUUUCGCGUCUCGGCCAGGAGUUGACCUCUGGGAAGAGCCAGACGGCAGAGCUGCAGGAGACCUUGACACAAAGUCAGGAGAGUCUAACGAAGCUUCAGUCCGACUUCUACGGCAAAGAGUCUGAGGUUUCUGCUCUGCGUCAAGACCUCAAGGCAUCAGAAGAGAAGCUGAGUGUGGCCCAAGAGGAGCUGGCUGCUAACCGAAGCCACCAGACAGGUUUAGAGGCUCAGCUCGGGGAACUGAAGACGAGCCGCAGCUCGUUGGAGCAGGAGCUCGCCAAACAGGACCACAAGCGCCACCAGCAGGAGCAGACACUGAAGGAGCUCCAGAAGCAACAGAAUCACAUGAAGGAGGAGCUGGAAAAGGAGAAGAGCAAAUCGGAGGAGCUGAACAAAGCCAAGAUUGUGCUGGAAAGGAAUAGCAGCAAGUUAACUUCUGAGUUAAAGACACAAACAGAGAAGAGUGAAAAGGAGCUCGGCGAGUUGCGGGAAGCCAAACAACUGUUCAUCCAGCAGAAGCUGGAGUUGCAGGGUCGGGUGGAGUCGGUACAGGGUGCACUGGAGCAGGAGCAGAAGGAGCACCAGGCCACCAGGGACAGCAGGAGCCACAGAGAGGAGAAGCUCCUGGCCCAACACAAGGAUGUCCAGGAUCAGCUGGCUGCGGAGAAGCGAGCCAGAGAGGAUCAGGUGAAGCUCGGAGAGGAGGCUGAAGCCAAGAUGGGUGUGCAGGUGACGGCCCUGAAUGAAAACGUGGCCACGCUGAAGAGGGAGUGGCAGGGCAGCCAGAGGAGAGUCGGUGAACUGGAGAAGCAGACGGAUGAGCUGCGGGGAGAGAUCGCUGUGCUGGAGGCCACCGUCCAGAACAACCAGGACGAGAGACGGGCUCUUUUGGAAAGGUGUGUGAAGGGCGAGGGCGAGAUAGAGAAACUGCAGGCCAAGGUGGUGGAGCUGAGGAGGAAGCUAGACGACACGACCGCAGCCAUGCAGGAGCUGGGCCGGGAGAACCAGUCGCUCCAGAUCAAGCAGUCACAGACUUUGACCAGGAAGUGGGCCGAGGAUCACGAGGUGCAGAACUGCAUGGCCUGUGGGAAGGGCUUCUCUGUCACUGUCAGGAAGCACCACUGCAGACACUGUGGAAACAUUUUCUGCGCCGAGUGUUCGAUAAGGAACGCCAAAACACCGUCCUCUAAAAAGCCAGUGCGGGUGUGUGACACAUGCUUCGAGGAGCUCCAAGGCUGAUUUCCCUCUCAUCCCUUUACGCCCGCCUCCCCCAACGCUCUCUUCCCCUCACCCUUCCUCCUCCAGCGGGCAGAAGAAGGCGUGUCUUUGUUGUAUUUAAUGUGCACUAUAAAGGACAGACUCCCCGCCUGCAUGGGACUUGUGGCCCUGGUGUUGAUGGAAAUACCCGGUGGAGAACACUAGGGUCGCGUGACGGUGAUGGCGUUGGAUCGGUCGGGAUCGUCUGUAUCUGUUUUUGUGCCUUUGCUGCUCCUGUGGACUGCCAGCGAGCGGAGACAGUGAGAACUAAGCACCAUCCAUCUCUUUUAAGUUCACAUCUCCAUAAUUUUUGGCUUUAUUUGCUUUUGUACAUUGUUGAAAUGUUUGGAGUCGGCAGGUGUGAGGUCAGCGUGACACUGCAUGAGUGAAUGGAGAAGGACUUAUUGUAAUAGUGAUGUUGAAAAUCACUGCUGCCCUACAAAGGUAAAUGCAGGUAACGAUUUUGUGCCCCCCCCCCUAAAAAAAAAGAAAAAUAUCUGUAAAUGCUAACUGAAAAUAUAACUGUAAUGUUUUUCUGUGUAUAACUCAAUAAUUACUUCAAAUUGAUCACUAAAAAAAUAUGAUUUUUAUAGCUAGAAAGGUAAACCCAAGUAAUAGUAAGUACAAAAAUAUUUUUGUAACAUUCUUCAGUUGAGCUGACAGACUGUGUUAAAUGAUUGAAAUGCAAAUUUUUACUUUUGAACACAAACGUGUUUCUGAAAUAGUUUUUUUUAACUGUCAACAGUUACAGUUAGGCUUCAAAAAGUUCAACAGCUGAAGUGUUAAUUUGAUUUCACAUACACGCAUUAUGUUUUGUGUACCUUCACAUAGGUAAAUGAUAACAUUGUGUUGUACAGUAUUACACAGCAAAAAGGGAAGAAAUGACAGUUUGAGAUUUUUCUUGGAGCAUUUGUUUGGGUUAUGAAUCUCCCAACUGUAAAAACAAACAUUACAACCCCUAAAAGAAAACACUUCGUCAGGCAGUUUAUGCACCAGCGAUUCUCUGUAAAUAACUUGAUGUCAAAUCGGUUUCUGCAUGUUUCCUUUGUGUGGCAGCGUGUUUGUCGAAAUUAUUAUGUAUUCCACGACCAAAGAAUGUGUGCGGCAGGAAAACAGGCGAGACGAAAAGCCCUGAGUUUGUUUGUUUUCAUAUUUCAGUAUUUUGCCAAGCGUCUCUUCCGAAAGCAUUUGCGUUUUAAACCACAGGGUCUGACAUUUUAAAUCCUUAACACAAAAUGUGUGACGAUCUGAACAGCUUCUUUUUUUUUUUUUAAUGUACUGUCCAGUUUUGUGUUAUUUUCUACAAACUGUGGUGCUUUCUGCAGACUGUUGAUGCAGUUAUUGAAGGUGUCUGCAUGGUAAUUGAAAAAAAAAAAAAAAAUUCCUGCUGCUUUUCUCAUCCACACAACAGCACUGACUACUGCUCGAGAGAUGUGCAUGAGAUGUGUGUGAGAGAGAGAGAAAGAAAGAGUGUGCUCUGCUUGACGUUGCUGUAACAGAGUGUGUGUUAGUGUUUCGGCCCCGUGCAUAUCUGCUGAGAUGCACCGUGCGGAUGCCGGCUGCUCAGAGAGCGUCGCGUCGUCCCGGGGAUGCUGUUGUUGCGUUCGGGUGCAGCGGUUUCCUCUCCGCUCUCUGACCAGCCUGCCCACAGCUGAGAACACUAUAUAAAGAGUUCAUUCCUGCGUUGUUUUAAUUUAUAAUUGUUGACGGAUAUCGGUGAGAUCUUUUGUGCAAUUGUCCACAGACUGGAGCGGGCGACGAUGCAGGCUGCUCUGGCAUUUACAGACUCAGGCUUAAUGAAGUAGCUCCUCAUGCUCGUCCAUCUCUGCUGCAGACUCUCAGAAACAGCCGUUGCAUCCCAACCCCCCGUGUUGCAUUAGUUUUGUUAUGUCUACCUCAGAUUGGCACAGGAUAAAGCACUAUUUCUAAACAUUACACGUCACAAAUUAUUGUAUAAUUGCCUGCAUUUGAUCAACGAUUUGAUCUGUCAAGUUGUACAGUCCCGAAAACGUUCAGAGAUGAUUCGCACCUUGCACUUCAGUUCUGGGCUCGUUCCGUACGAGAACCCGGCCACAAACGUAGGACCACCAACUUCAUUCAGGCGUCAGCGUUUCUAACCCCGAUAUGCUUAACUGCUCAUUAACACAAAGUCUGUCAUAAUUAUCUUUGUAAAUGUUUGUAAUGAAAGAGAAAAAAAGGAAAUAUAUAACACUUGUGGAUGUAGAAACAUGACAACAGUGAAACUGUGGAUUCAUCAGUGUCUUACUCAUAUUUUACAAAAUGGCACCACAGACACACACACCCACGCACACACACUGAAUUGUGGCUUGCUCUGUGUUGCUACCAGCUAUCGUGCAUGAUGACUAAACUGGCCUGUGGCUCUCACGUUUUUCUCCAUGUUCAGAGUCAUAUCUGGUGGCUGUGUGACGGCAUGCCUUAGGCCAACGUCUCGUACCACACUGCUCUGCUCUCCAGUAGCAGUGACGUACCGUGUAUAACCAGAGUCAGGGUGACCUCGGGUCACCUGAAGGGUCGAGAGGAAUCAUGUCAUUUAUGUUCACAUGCACCAGUUGAUUUUCUAAUACGUCAUGACAAACCUAAAUAAAAAACGACAGUAUGUUUCUA